CUCAGGCAGUUUGGGGAACUGUAUAAAAGAGCGAGCAACUGAAUGCUCUUCAACUACUUCUCUUCUCUUGACUUCGCCUUCCUAGAGAACUGGGCUUAUCUCCAUUGCAGCACGAUGACUUCAACCGGGGCCCUGUGCUGUUACCCGCCCCGUCCCUCAUGUGAUGUGGUGUGCCCGCGGCCAUAUGCUGAUGCCUGGAACGAGCCCUGUGUGAAAUCCUGCGGUGACUCCAGAGCUGUGGUCCACCCACCCCCAGUUGUUGUCACCUUUCCAGGACCCAUCCUCGCCUCCUGCCCUCAAGAGAGCUACGUGGGAACCUCUUUACCAGAAGUCAAUGGCGGCUCAUUUGGUUCUGGGAGCUCCUUUGGUGCUGGAUUUGGUUACAGAGGCAAUCUGGGCUCUAGAGGCUAUCUGGGUUAUGGAGGGGGGUCCCUGGGUUAUGGAGGGGGGUCUCUGGGAUAUGGAGGGGGAUCUCUGGGUUAUGGAGGGGGAUCUCUGGGUUAUGGAAGCUAUCUUGGUUCUGGAGGGUCUCUGGGUUAUGAAGGCCCUUUCUGUGGUUUGGGGGGCCCUAUCUGUGGUUACGGCUCAUACGGUGGGUCAUACGGUUCUGGAUUGUCAUCAUAUGGUGGUGGAUAUUCAUCGCCUUACUAUUCCCGCCGGUACAGUAAGUACCGCUAUGGAAGCUGUGGAACAUUUUAAACCCAGCAAGAACAUCCAUGGCACAGAGAAUAAUCAGGAAACGGAAAACAAGGCACAGAUUCAUGAACAAACGGUGGGGCCUGGCUUUUAGAAGUGCUGAGCAUCCCCUGUUCCUACUGAAGUCAGAGGAGCAGUAAAUGCCAAGCACCUCUGAAAAAAACAGGCCCUAAAAUAGAGCUGGGCAAAUAUUGGAUAGUUUAGGGUUGCUAAAUUUUGCUUAAGUGUUUUCAGUCUUUUAAUUUUGGUCACUUUUUAAAUAGGAGCACCAAAAACACACAAAAAACCAACAAAAUCAAAGCAAAAAGUCAAGCAACUUCAUUAGACAAAUAAUGAACGCUCUAAUGUUUUGGUGGUUCUGAAAUGAAAUUCUUCCUUUAAAAACAUCAAAGCCCUUUAGCAUUUGUUUUACAGCCAAAAUGAUUCGCUGAAUUCAACCCAAAGCAACAGUUUUGCAUUCCCUGUAUAUUUUAGCAAAAUUAAUUUUCAGCUAAAUUUUGCCCAGCUCUACCUUUAAAUAUAUUUUGCAUGUCACAGUUUAGAUCCAUGACAACUUCUGCUUAUUUUUUCCAGCUAUAUACUUUUCCCGUUAUAAAUUAAAUGGGUCAGAAUUUCAACUACGCUAAUCAUUGCCCUCUGCGUUGCCAGUGUAGUUUAACGGGGCUUUACUGUUUAUGAGACUAAGUCCACUUUUGUUCCAGUGUUUCUAGGAAUAUGUACCAGCAGCUUGUGGCAGCAUUGCUGAAGAACAUGUAUAAUGGAGAAGCUGCUUAGUACUUGCUUUCUCUGCUAUGAUUUGGCCUAUUGAAAAACCAUCUGGGAUUAAAUAAGUACUUUGUUAAGGGGCAGGGAAGGGAUGCGAUGAUCAAACUCUGCAAAGAACUGCAACAAAGAAAGCAGAAUGUCUUGUGAGAAAUGUGUUGCCUUUAGUCUUUGAAGCUCUGGAAAUAUUCUUUAUUUUUGUAUUACUGUGCUCUAAAACUGUAGACUCCACUUCUUGUUCGCAUUAAAAAUUAUGCUGCAAUGUAA